AUAUAAUUCAAGCAAAGGCCAAGUUGGGCAGAUACAAUAUGGCAACCUGCAGUCGGCGAGUUCCGUUUCUUCUGUGCUUGGUUUCCAUCUUCUGUGCGCUUUCGUCGGCGUCGCUAGUUUCCGCCGCGAAAAGGCACUACAUCGUCUACUUGGGAGGCCACAAUCAUGGCUCUUCACCCGUCACCGAGGCUGAUCUUCAUGCCGUCACCGAUUCCCAUCACGGUCUCCUUGCCACUUACCUCGGCGAAGCCAAGGAUGCAAUCCGCUACUCUUACACGAGCCAUAUCAACGGCUUCACGGCGAUAUUAGACGACGAGGAAGCAGCUGAAAUCGCCAAGCAUCCCGGAGUGGUGUCUGUUUUCCCCGACCAAAAGAGGAAGCUUCAUACCACAAAUUCAUGGCGUUUUAUGAUGCUGGACAAGGAGAUCGACACCCCAACAGGAAAACGCAACGUCCCCAACGAACUCUGGAAGGCUGCUAGGUUUGGCGAAAAUGUCAUCAUUGGAAACCUAGACACCGGCGUCUGGCCGGAAUCCCAGAGUUUUAGCGACGAGGGUUACGGCUCUGUUCCCUCUCGAUGGAAAGGACUUUGCGAGAACAAUACCAAGGCCGGAGUCCCUUGCAAUAGGAAGCUGAUCGGCUCCCGGCUCUACAACAAAGGCAUCAUCUCCGCCGUCGAUGCUCAGACGGCCGACCCCGCCGACAUCUACAGCCCACGUGACGUCGACGGCCACGGCACCCACACUCUCUCCACAGCGGGGGGCGACUUCGUCCCCGGAGUCAGCUUUUUAGGGACGGCAUCCGGCGUCGCGAAAGGUGGUGCUCCCAGAGCCCGGGUCGCGUCGUACAAGGUCUGCUAUGCGGACGGCUGCAUGGAUUCCGACAUCUUGGCCGCGUUCGACGGCGCAAUCGCCGACGGGGUCGACGUCCUCUCCGUCUCCCUUGGUGCCGAUACGUUGGCUGGAUAUACCUAUCUCACCGACGGCCAGGCCAUCGGUUCUUUCCACGCCGUCCGGGCCGGGAUUGUUGUGGUUGCCUCGGCCGGAAACGAAGGUCCCGAUCAGGGAAGCGUGAAGAACAUGGCCCCUUGGAUCAUCACCGUCGGUGCCAGCACCGCCGAUCGCUCCGUUGAUGCCUACGCCGAGCUCGGAAAUGGCGAGCGGCUAAAGGGCACGGCGAUAUUCGCGAAGCCACUGCCGGAGCACAAGCAAUACCCACUAGCCAACGCCGCCGACGUAAAACUCCGGAACGCCACCGCAGCGGACGCCACUCUUUGCUUGCCGGGGACGCUGGACCCGAAAAAGGCCAAGGGCAAGAUCCUGGCCUGCCUACGUGGCCAAACCGCCAGGGUGGACAAGAGCCAGCAGGCAAAAAACGCAGGGGCAAUCGGGGUAAUUCUCUGCAACGACAAACCAGACGGGGCCAGCCUCAACGACGACAUCCACGCCGUCCCGACUUCCCACGUCACUUACAAGGACGGCUUGAAGGUCUACAAGUACAUCAACGACACAAAGAAGAAGAAUCCGACGGCCUACAUCGCGCCACCUGUCACCACGUACGGCAACAAGCCCGCCCCCUCCAUGGCUUCGUUUUCCUCGAGAGGACCCAACGCGAUAACCCCGCAGCUCCUGAAACCCGACGUCACCGCUCCCGGAGUCAACGUUCUGGCGGCGUACACGAUGGCCAACGGCGGCAAGUAUCCUUACGCGAUGGAAAGCGGGACUUCCAUGUCGUGCCCCCACGUCGCCGGAGUUGCCGCGCUGGUUAAGGCCGUUCAUCCCGACUGGAGCCCUUCCGCUAUUCAUUCCGCCAUCAUGACCACCGCGAGGACGAGGAGUAACGCGGAGGACAAGAUAACCAACGAGGACGAGGAAGAAUCGACAUCGUUUGGAUAUGGGUCAGGACACAUCAGGCCGAGUCGUGCCAUCAAGCCUGGCCUCGUCUACGAGGUGGCUCCUCACGAGUACCUCGACUUCUUAUGCUCCAUUGGCUACAACAGCUCGGACAUCGGGCAAUUGAUGGAGAAGGGCUACAAAUGCUCGGAGAAGACUAAAAGCGUGUUCGAUCACAACUACCCUUCGUUCUCGGUUCCGAAUCUUGGGUCCGGGCCGGUCACAUUUACGAGAAGGGUGAAGAAUGUGGGUCCUCCAGGGAUCUACGCCGCGGAGGUGAACGAGCCAUAUGGGGUUGCGGUGAAGGUUGUGCCGGAUGUGUUGAAGUUUGAGAAGUAUGGCGAGGAGAAGAGUUUCAAGGUCAUGGUGGCGGCGAAAUGGAAAGGUGCCGCUAAGAAGUAUGAAUUCGGUGGGCUGACUUGGACCGAUGGAGAACAUUAUGUUAGGAGUCCGAUCUUCGUGACCAACGAUUUGGUGAUUGAUCGUCCAUCCAACGUUAUUGUUGGUCAUUACUAGCUUAGCUGGUUCUUUCUAUAAUUUUCUCUGUUUUCGGUUAGUUUAGUGGUCAGGGUUUUCAGGGAUUUUAUGUUAUAUGAUUGGAGGUGUUCCAUGAAAUGAUGUUACAUUAAUUUUUAGGCGACUUUAAAUUGAUUAUUAGUAUAUGG